AUGAUUGUCCGGCGUCUCGUUGUCUCGGAGGACUCAAUAAUGAAGCAUGGCUGGCAGUGUACACCGGCCAAAACCGAACGUAAUAACACCAUUCCGGCCGUUGUGCCUUUCUUCACCAUUCCGGCCGUUGUGCUUUUUUCCACCAUUCCGGCCGUUGUGCCUUUCUUCACCAUUCCGGCCGUUGUGCCUUUUUUCACCACUCUGGCCGUUGUGCCUUUCUUCAUCACUCUGGCCGUUGUGCCUUUCUUCAUCACUCUGGCCGUUGUGUCUUUCUUCAACACUCCUAAUCGCUAUCUUUUCUUACACAGCUAUUUUCUUUCUCUCUUCCUCUUUCUCUCUCACGCACAAUCUCUCUCUCUCUCUCUCUCUCUCUCUCUCUCCCUCCUUAUUCACCUCUUUCUUUCCGUCCUUCUUUAUUUCUUUCUUUUCAUUUCUUUCGGUGUAUUUUCUUAUCUACAAUAUCGUCUUUUAUGUCUCUUGAUUUUGUUUUGUCCUUUCUUCCUCAAUUUACGAUCUUUUCUUUUCUCUCCCACCGACUCUUUGACUAUUUCUUACUUUCCCUCUUCUUUUCCACCCAAUACAAGGCUCAAUACUCUACCUACGGACGUCAACGUGGCCAGCUGUCCAGAGGCGGAUGAUAGCUCAAUGGAUGAGAGUUCAUUUGAGGAUGAGGACCCUGUCAUCCCGCUCAGAAGGAGUGUCCGGCAGAAGAGGCCUGCCCCGAGUUGCACGGUGUGCGAUCAUGACAGCGAGACACGGGAUGAAUCUGGAAAUCUGCCACCUCGGAGCAAACGAGUUCGCGCAUGUGUGGUUAUCCCAAUAUGUCAAGCGUGCAAGUUUAAUUUUCUUCCUUCGGGUGUUUUAAUUUUCUUCUCUCUUAUUUUUUUCUUCUUAUUUGUAGAUCUUAUCUUUUCAUUCUUUUGGGUGUCUUUCUUUUCUUCUUCUUUUCAGAGCUUACCAUUUCAUUUUUUUUUAGCUGUCUUCUUUCUUGGCCCGCCCGCUUAUUUUCAUAUUCUGCAUUAUUUUCUAUUUAAGUCUUCUUCUUUCUCACCUCAAACGUUUUAUUCGUUUUCAUUCAUUCCUCGAUUUCAAAUUUAUACCUUCUUUUUCUUUCCUUCACAUUAUAACUUAACCUAA